AUGGGGAUCCGGGAGUUCCCGGGCGGCGCGCCCCGGGGCAAAGGCAGCGCCACGGGCAUGCGGCGCUCCCCGGACGUGAGCCCGCGGCGGCUGUCGGACAUCAGCCCGCAGCUGCGGCAGCUCCGGCUGCUGGCGGUGGACGAGGCCAUCAAGGAGGAGCUGCGGGGGUCGCGCUCCGUGGAGGACCUCACCCUCUCCGGCGGCGGCGGCGGCGCGCCCGCGGGGCUCAGCUCCAUAGAGGAGCGCAUCCUGCGCAUCACCGGCUACUACGGCUACCAGCCCUGGGCGGCCAGCUGCAGACGGGAGGAGCGCCCCCGGGACGGCCCGGCCCCCGCGGAGGCCCCGGCGGGGGCGGCGGGCCCGGAGGCCGGGCGCGGGGGCCGCCCGUGCUGCCGCUGCUCGGGGCCGCGGCUCCGCAAGCUGGGCUGGGGGCUGGCCGUGGCGCUGGGCGUGUGCGCCUCCUGGGCCGGCGCCACGCAGCUGGCCAAGCGCACCUUCCGCACCUUCGACGCGCCCUUCACGCUGGCCUGGUUCGCCACCUCCUGGAACUGCCUCUUCUUCCCGCUCUACUACGCGGGCCUGGCCUGCCGGGCGCCCGAGCGGCCCUCGGUGACGCAGCGCUACAGGGAAUGCUGCCGCUUCUUUGGAGGCAGUGGCCUGACGCUGAAGGUGUUUUUCACCAAGGCGGCCCCGUUCGGUGUCCUGUGGACGCUCACAAACUACCUGUACUUACACGCAAUAAAGAAAAUCAACACCACGGACGCCUCCGUGCUCUUCUGCUGCAACAAGGCCUUUGUGUUCUUGCUCUCGUGGAUUGUGCUCAGGGACAGGUUCAUGGGCGUGCGGAUCGUGGCCGCCAUCCUCGCCAUCGCCGGGAUCGUGAUGCUGACCUACGCUGACGGCUUCCACAGCCACUCGGUCAUCGGCAUCGCGCUGGUGGUGGGCUCGGCGUCCAUGUCCGCCCUCUACAAGGUUCUCUUCAAGCUCCUCCUGGGCAGCGCGCAGUUCGGGGAAGCCGCCCUAUUCCUGUCCGUCCUGGGCGUGUUUAACCUGCUCUUCGUCUCCUGCGUCCCCGUCGUCCUCUACGUCACCCGCAUCGAGUACUGGAGCCCCUUCUCCGCCAUCCCCUGGGGCAGCCUCUGCGGCUUCUCCGUCCUCCUGCUGACGUUCAACGUUGUGCUAAAUUUCGGAAUCGCCGUCACCUACCCCACCCUGAUGUCCCUCGGAAUCGUCCUCAGCGUUCCUGUGAAUGCAGUGGUCGACCACUAUACCACCAACAUCGUCUUCAACGGGGUCCGGGUCAUCGCCAUCGUCAUCAUCGGCCUGGGCUUCCUCCUCCUGCUGCUGCCCGAGGAGUGGGACGUCUGGCUGGUCAAGCUGCUCACCCGCCUCAAGGUCAGGAAGAAGGAGGAGCCGGCGGAGAGCGGCGGGGACCUGGGCUCCGGCCCCCAGAACAGGAGGAGGGCCCGGCCCUCCUUCGCCCGCUGA